GAGGAGAUGUAGGCAAGUUUGACACAAAGGUGUCAAAAGCUCAAACGUAUCUCCAGCACAAGCACAAGUAGUAGAUGCACUCAAUAAAUGACCUAGCAAACCAAAAAUUUCAUCUUAAAAACCCUAAUUCCCUUCUUUUCUCUCUUUCUUUAAACCCCUUAAUCGCAUCUUUCGCCUCCCCAAUCUUUUCUAUUCAAUUGGUUUCAAGUUUAGUAGGUGCCAAGUUGAUUCUCAAAAUUGAUUUGCCGCACUACAAGAUCUAUACCUGCAUUUGAAGAUCAGAGAGCAUCCAACAGAAGAUCAAGGAAACACACAAUUAAUUCUGUUGAAUUUUGUUCAAAAUGGAUUCACGAGAAUCAUUAGCACCACCGCCGUCACUGCAGCAACACCACGCUCAUCACCAGCAGCAACAGCCACCGCCCGGUAUGAACAUGAUGAUGCCACCAAACUCUUUCCCUACCCACCACCACCUAUCCAACAACUCAAACACCGCUUCAGCCAACAACAAUAAAAAUGCCAACAUGAUGAGUCCCAAUUCGAUGCAACAACGCUUCCCCUUUAAUUCUCCUUCUAACCAAUACGGUGACGGAUCGUCUCCGUCCGGUGGGUUUAGGGCGGAUGGAUACAGCAUAGAGCCCGUCAGGAAGAAGAGGGGUCGACCGAGGAAGUAUUCACCGUCUCCUGAUGGCAACAUUGCCCUCGGUUUGGCCCCUGCUCCGAUCGCUGCUAUUCCUACUUCCGCUGCUGGUGGUGGGAAUUUGGAUUCUUCAAACGAUGGCAGCGGUGGAACCCCAAAUGCGGAUUCAUCUGCCAAGAAAAACAGAGGAAGGCCAGCGGGUUCUGGGAAGAGGCAAUUGGAUGCUUUAGGUGCACCUGGUGUUGGGUUUACGCCUCAUGUCAUUAUUGUUAAAGCAGGAGAGGAUAUAGCCUCAACAAUAAUGGCAUUUUCACAACAAGGGCCCCGCACUGUUUGUAUUCUUUCUGCCAAUGGUGCCAUUGGUAAUGUCACUCUUCGCCAGCCUGCAACUUCUGGUGGCACUGUAACUUAUGAGGGUAGAUUUGAGAUAAUAUCUUUAUCAGGCUCCUUCUUACACUCAGAGAGCAAUGGCAACAACAGCAAACCUAGCGGAUUGAGUGUUUCUCUUGCUGGUUCUGAUGGCCGGGUUUUGGGUGGUGGUGUGGCGGGGAUGCUGGUGGCUGCCUCACCUGUACAGGUUAUUGUUGGUAGCUUUAUUGCGGAUGCAAAGAAAUCAAAAUCUAGCGGUGGUCCAUCACCGGCGGCGGCACCACCAAACAUGUUGACAUUUGGUGGUGGUGGUGGGGCGGUGCCUGGUAUAAGUCCUCCAUCUGAAGGCCCGUCGAGUGAAUCAUCUGACGAGAGUGGGAGCAGCCCUCUUCAACGGAUCCCUGGCUCCUACAACAAUUCUUCCCACCACCAGCACCAGCAACAGCAGCACCACCAGCCGCCGCCACAGCAGCAGCAGCAGCAGCAACAGCAACAACAGCCGAUGCAGAAUCUGCCCAUGUAUACAAACAUGGGGUGGCCAAGCUCCACCAUGAACAUGCUUCCCAAUUGA